GUCAAGAUUUGCACUUGUAAAAUUUAUAAACGAUGGCGGUACAUCAAUCCUCUCCAUUCUAAUGGAAAAUUGGGUUCGCUAACCUCAGAACUAGGAAGGAAAAAUAAUCUCUGUAUCGAGAAAAACCUCAAAUCUAUCGCUGCUUCUUUUAACUACUAUAAGAAUGGCUGAGGAGGCGAAGGCAGGAAUGAGAAAACCAGUGUUUGCUAAGGUUGAUCAACUUCGCCCCGGAACUAGUGGACACACAAUCGUUGUGAAGGUAGUAAGCUCGAAGACGGUUUUACAGAGAGGACGUCCUGAUGGUCCUCAAGUACGUCAAAUGCGUCUCGCUGAAUGCUUGGUUGGAGAUGAGACUGGAAUGAUUGUGUUUACAGCUAGAAAUGACCAAGUGGAUCUGAUGAAACCCGAUACUACUGUCAUUCUGCGCAAUGCAAAAAUUGAUAUGUUCAAGGGGUCUAUGAGGCUUGCAGUGGACAAGUGGGGUCGUGUUGAAGUGUCUGAACCUGCCAGUUUCACCGUGAAGGAGGAUAACAAUUUGUCUUUGGUGGAAUUUGAACUUGUGAAUGUUGUUGAAGAGUGACCUAGUGGAAACACAAUAAUAGCUAUGCACUACACCACCAGAAUUGAAGGAACGAAAAAUGAAUAAAAAAGAAUUAAGUUAAGAUGUGGAGAGCAUUGAAGUUUUUUCAUGUUGCCGAAGGGGUUUCACUGAGUUAUUUUCCUUUGCGGGCAGGAUCAAGUUGUUGGCUCUUUUAGGAAACAAAAAUUGUUGAUGAAAAGCUAUUAUUACUACGAAGGAAGACAGGUCAAACAAAAGGUACCCAGCGGCAAACCAGUCCGCAGUGCUGACUGGCCACCUGACGGGUGGUGGAAAUCAUCAAAUCACUUGUUGAGGCAAGACUUAUGUUACUGUAAUCCUUUGAUCUUGCACUUUGACCUUUAAGAAGAAGCCCCAGCUUAUAACAAACUCUAAUUUGUGGGUUAUUUAUCUGGUUGUGAAAUGUCUUUUAACAGGUUUAUGAAAUAAGCUUCUAUGCUUCCAUUGGUUUA